GCGCAGUGAUGAAUUUUGCGAACUGUAUUGUCCGGCACAUUCCGUCGUACUGUUUAACGUAACCCGAAGCGACAGCUCGGUAAUUUGCCAUGUUCGAUUUAAACACGGAACUGUAAAAGUCGGUUAUUCCGUGUCUCAGCUCUACCAUAGUUUAUCCGCCGCUCUGCCGGAUCAUUUGCGAUUCUGUGCUGAAAGCUGGAAAUUUAUUACAUUGUGUGAUGAGAAAAGCGCGUAUCUUCAAUGGAGUGAAAGAAGUGGUGCCGAUUUUAGGAUGGCUGCCGCAUUACAAUACCGAAACAGCUUUGGGUGAUUUAAUUGCUGGCAUUACAGUCGGAUUAACGUUAAUUCCACAGAGUAUUGCUUACGCUGCUCUCGCUGGGUUAGAACCACAGUAUGGAUUGUACUCAUCACUUUGUGGCGGUUUCAUUUACGCUUGUUUUGGAACCGUGAAAGAUUUAAACAUUGCUCCGACCGCACUCAUAUCCUUAUUAACAUACUCAUACAUCAAAGAUACAUCUUCACCAGAAGUAGCAAUAUUCCUUUGCUUCUCCGCCGGACUUCUACAGUUUCUCUUCGGUGUGUUCAAGUUGGGAUUUCUGGUAGACUUUGUGUCUGCGCCGGUUGUCUCCGGCUUCACCUCCGCGGGUGCCAUCACCAUCGCCGCUUCCCAAGUGAAAAGCAUGUUAGGGUUGAAAUUCCGUGCUGAAAGCUUCAUCGAAGUGGUCUACCAUGUCUUCGCAAAUAUCACCAAAGCGAAGCUGGGUGAUACGGCUCUCAGUCUCGUAUGUUGCGUGCUUCUCAUAGGUUUGCGCGAAGUCCGUCGCUGGGGUCUGGCACCGUCCGUACCCAACGCUAGCAGGAACAAAAUUGCCAUUUGGUUCAUCUCGGUAGGACGCAACGCGCUGAUCGUGAUCACAACGUCGGUGUGCGCAUACUUCCUGCACAGCGAUGUUUUCACGCUGACGAACACCGUUCCGGAUGGUCUCCCACAAUUUGCGCCGCCCUUCAAACUGGCGGAUGUUGGCGAGCACGUGCGGCAGUUGUACACGGGGAUUCUUGUCGUGGCGUUAGUAGCGAUAUUAAGUAAUAUGGCGAUCGCCAAAUCAUUCUCAAGUGGAAAAGUUUUGAAUGCAUCUCAGGAAAUGUCCACGCUCGGAUUGUGCAAUAUCGUUGGAUCAUUCUUCGGGUCGUUUCCGGUCAACGCUUCGUUUUCACGAGCGGCGCUCAACCAUGCCAGUGGGGCUCGUACUACUUUUGGGGGUAUUUACACCGGAAUCAUGGUGAUUUUAUCUCUUACAUUCUUAACCAAGUAUUUCAUCUUUAUUCCCAAAGCUGCUCUGGCGUCAGUCAUCUUUUGCGCAGUUAUCUACAUGGUAGAAAUUGAGAUAGUGAAGAAUUUGUGGCAGACGACUAGAAUUGAACUUAUACCAUUAGCAGCGACAUUCCUAUGGUCUCUGGCUGAUUCGAUCGAGCGAGGAAUACUCGUGGGCGUGGUUGUGGAUCUCCUUUUAAUAGUUUGGUUUAUCUCGAAACCAAAAAUUAAAGAUGAAAUUGUUGUCAUGGAUCAUAUCAGUUACCUCCAACUGGCUUUAGUUGGUAGCCUUACUUACAUAUCAGGAGAAUCUGUUCGUGAGAAGACUCACCGUGUCGUGAAGAAGUGCCACAACGUAACAGUCACAGACUCCGGCCCGAACGCAAACAAUCCAGAAAUAAAAUGUUUGCUCAUCGUUUUUGAUUGCAAUAAGCUGCAACGAGUCGAUUACAGUGCAACUAAAGCGCUGGGGGCACUCAUGGCUGAUUUUGUAGAAACCAAUCGAAACUCGAAGGAAAAGGUCGAGAUUGUGUUUCUGGACUUGAAUGAAAAACUGCGUAUCAAAAUGGAGAGUAUUAUUGGUAAUACGCUUAAUUGUGUGAAUAAGGAUAAUCUGCAUGAUGUUGUUCAACGAUAUACAAAUACAUCAAUAUCGCCAGGGUUUGAGACGACGCCUUGUUAACCGUAGAAUAAUAUUUCUAUUAAAAUGUAAUUUAUGCUCUCGAUAAAUGUGUCGAAAUCAA